AUGGCGAAGAACGCGCCGAUGAGGCGGCCACUUGGGGGGCUCAAGCUGACACGUCGCAAGUUGAUGACGAUGUGCCUCGGAGGAAUUUUGUUUCUCGCCAGCGGACAAGCCGAUGCCAUACACCUCGGAGAUGGGCUUCUGCGCCGGAACUUAAUGGAGUGUACAGGAGCAGGCGAAGAGGUCUCCUCCGCCGGAAUUGCACGUGCCAGAGCUGCCUCUGUAGAAAGCAACGUUGUCAAGUGCGCCUACGGCCAGCACAGUAAUCCUCAACCCCUGCAAGUGGAACUGACACACGACAACAACGCCGUGAUGCUAGAGUGUGGAUCCAAUCACGUGCUUGAACCCACCAACUAUUCUACCAACUACUGUGAGGACGGCACCUUGACAACCUGCACAAAGAGCUUCAAGGAAGUUCUUCCAAAUUUCACUGACUCCUGGUGGACGGAAGGGAGCAAGCCAAAGGAAAGUGCCAAGCUUACCAUUCCUCCGAGGGAGUUCCCCGCCGCAGACUUCAAGUUUUACGUGGGCUGCAAGUUGGACAGAGCAAAUGGUAGUACCCAGCGUGUCUCACGGGAGAAGAGUCCCUCGCAGCCCGAAGUUGGGUCGUUGACCUGUAGGGUGGUGGUAACUAUCAAGGCUGCGACCUCGGCUUCGGUAGCGCCAACUCUGGCAGUCGGGGCUGCAGCCUCUGGUGCUGUCUCCAUCACGAGGUUUCUCGCCGAAGUCCUUUGA